AUGGGAGGGGUGACGUCGCGCUGCUCCCUGAAUCCAGACGAGACAGAGUUCCCCGUCGAGAGAGUCUGAAUGCCGGCUCAGGGCACCUGGACUAGCUGAGGAUUUGUAUUCAUCUACUGAGCUACUUCUGAGAUCGGUUUUACCUCGCAGUACCGUUUCCAGUAGAUAUGAGCGGCACCGGGCGGCAAAGGACUAGCUCGUUCGCCGAGCCGCCGGGGGGACCUGGAGUUAACGGCGGAUCUAGUACUGCCGCCGUUGGGGGCGCUGCAGGAAAGGCCGGCGCAUCGCAGGCCGCAGCUGGUAGCUCGUCCGGCUCCGGCUUUGGAAACCUAAAGUUGGGAAGAGACAGUGGAAAGGUAACAACAGUAGUGGCCACCCCUGGCCAGGGCCCUGAUCGCCCUCAAGAAGUAUCCUACACUGAUAUAAAAGUGAUCGGGAAUGGCUCAUUUGGAGUGGUCUACCAAGCUCGGCUUGUUGAUUCUGGAGAGAUGGUAGCUAUUAAAAAAGUGUUACAGGAUAAAAGGUUUAAGAAUCGUGAAUUGCAGAUCAUGAGGAAGCUGGACCACUGUAACAUUGUUCGGUUACGCUAUUUUUUCUAUUCCAGUGGAGAAAAGAAAGAUGAGGUGUACUUGAAUCUGGUGCUUGACUUUGUUCCAGAAACAGUCUACCGAGUGGCUCGGCACUUUAUCAAAGCAAAAACGACCAUCCCUGUUAUUUAUGUCAAGGUGUAUAUGUAUCAGCUAUUCCGAAGUUUAGCAUACAUUCACUCACAAGGUGUUUGUCAUCGGGACAUAAAGCCACAGAAUCUGUUGGUAGACCCAGAAACAGCCGUCCUUAAGCUAUGUGAUUUUGGCAGUGCAAAGCAGCUGGUUCGAGGAGAACCAAAUGUGUCCUAUAUCUGUUCACGCUAUUACCGUGCUCCAGAGCUCAUCUUUGGAGCUACAGACUACACUUCUAAUAUAGAUAUCUGGUCGGCAGGUUGUGUGCUAGCGGAGUUGCUGCUAGGCCAGCCAAUCUUCCCUGGGGACAGUGGAGUGGACCAGCUUGUUGAAAUUAUUAAGGUUUUGGGGACCCCUACAAGAGAGCAGAUACGAGAAAUGAACCCCAACUAUACAGAAUUUAAAUUUCCACAGAUUAAAGCACACCCUUGGACAAAGGUAUUUAAGCCUCGAACACCACCAGAAGCCAUUGCACUGUGUUCACGUCUGCUGGAGUAUACGCCUGUUACGCGUCUCUCACCUCUUGAAGCCUGUGCACAUUCAUUCUUUGAUGACCUGAGGGAACCAAUGGCCCGGUUGCCUAAUGGUAGAGAGCUACCUAAUCUGUUCAACUUCAGUCCUGUUGAGAUGUCUAUUCAGCCGCAGCUGAACUCAGUCCUCAUUCCUCCUCAUGCACGUUCACAGACUGCUGCCACAUCCUCGCAUGGGGAAGGCAGUUUAGCUGCAGACAGCGGUUCAUCUCCACCCAACAGUGCAUCAGGACCUGUCGCCAAUACCUCCUGAGUUUAGAGACCUCAUCAUGAGUCUUCUGUUCCCCUUCAUUGUGUUCAAUCUGCUGUCCACAUGUAUCUAGCUAUGUCUUACUCCUCCAUCCUGCUGUCUGUCUGGCCCCUUUCAUGAACAGGCAGGAGCUACAGCAGCAAGCUUUUUCUCUGCCAGUUAUCAAGGGGCGCUUUGAGCAACACAGGGAGAUCUCCCAUAGCCAAACCUGAAGUUUCUGUGAAAAGCACAGGAACUGAACACCAAGGGGCAUUUUGAACACAGGAACUGAACUUGGCUGUCACCUCAGUUGCCAUCUUGUGUUACUGUUGUGUUGGCAUAAACGGGGGAGGAGACUUAUUUUUUCUUUUUUUUACAGUCAGUUGUAAGUGUAUAAAUAUAAUUUUUUUUUUUAAACAAAAGGUAUGGUGAUUGUUGCAUUUUGGAAAUGUAUAUUUUGUUUAUUUAUUUGUUUUAUAUAUAUAUAUAUAUAUAUAAUUAUAUAUCUUUGAAUCUUUGAUCUGUAGAUUUAUUAGAUGAUGGGGACCCAGUUCCAGUGUAUUUUCUGAGACUGUAGGGAGUGCCACUAUAUAUUCUGUAGAUCUGAUCAUUUUGAGUCAAAAUGUAGCAGAUGCUGGUGAUAGUCUGAAUUCUGUUGCUUUUUAUGCCUACCCUGGCAAUACCGAGUUCAGGCAUUCAGCAGACUGUCUGUAUAAUGCACUACAGAUUGGACUGCAGUAAAAUUACGCCGAGUUUAGUUGAUCGAGACCAGUGCCUUGAUUGAGCUGUGCUGCCAGAAUGAGGUUCCACAGGUUCAUGAAUAUGUUUUACAUAUCAUAGGCCUUUGUCUUAGCACCUCUUUACCUGGCAGAUUCAUAUUGUAUUGUGCUGUAUUUAAAUAAUGUGCUGGCAAAGCAGUCUGAUCAGGCAUUGGAAUGAUAAAAGCAACAUUUCAGUCAAUACUGCUUUUUUUUUUUAUCUGGUGAUAUUACCCACCCACUCUGUCUGUCCCUUUAAAAAAUAGCCAUUGUCUUUGUUUUCAUCUGUUUUACUACUUGAUCUGAGAACCCAUCUCUGGAUUGAUUCAAGAGAUUUUGUGUAAAUUUUACUAAAUCCAGACAUUUAUCUGUCCCCUGCUUUUUCCCCAAAUUAAAAAAAAAAAUGUAUGAUAGUAGGUGUGGGUUUCCACAUCCAUAUGUGCAGCAAUCAGCUAUAUUUCUUUCACUUGUAGGCUUUUAUUUGAUAAGCUAAAAUUUUUAUCUUUUCACUCUUGUAAAUGCUUGCUGUAAUAUAAGUGUAAUAUGCUAUGUCACAAAGAAAUGUCGUGCAGCUGUUGGGAGCGUUUAAUGCUAGUUUAAUAGACAGUUGCAGGCUUGCUUUAGUUAGAAGUUUAUAUCCAAUACAAAAUUUUGUUUGUAGAUCAGCCUUUGGAGCUGAAUACAGUUUUCCCUUUUUAUCCUUGCUGAGGAUUUUAUGGUUUUAAGUUGCACAAAUGCUUGAAUUUUUGUUGUAGAGCGUGACUUUUAUGGAGAAGCUAAGAAACUGUCUUCCUAGUAAUUACAUUUCUGCAUUAAUAACUGUUCUCUACUGACAAUUGCAAGUUUCUUGCCCAUUGAGGGAAUUAAUUGUGCAGAAAUUACGUAUCUCUGGAUGCAAAAUAGUCUAUUUUCCUUGGUUAAAAAAUAUAUAACCAAACCUAUACAGAAGGUUUUAUUUUUGUUUGUGUGAGACCCCUUCUCAAGAUCUGUAAAGUGGGUUAAUGAAUUUGUUGGAUCAGACAUGCUGAUUAAGACAUUAGUGUUUCAGGUAGUUCGAAAAUUUGCAUCAGUUGUCCUGCAUUUUUCUUUGACAUUCUUUUAAUGCUGUGCUUGAACUUCAGAUUAUGGAAACUCAUUUGCUGUAAUUUUUGAUCUCUGCUGUUCAGCCCAGUCUGCAAAACAGUAUUUGUGAAUUUGCAGUAAUUUAUUAUGAUUACAACAUUUGAUUGUAUAGAGGAAUCACUUGUGAUCUUUGCUAGCCCUGUUUCUUAGUUUUUUUUUUUUUUUUUUUUUAAUUAUUUCAAUUUUAAUGGAAAUGGUUGCCUGUCUGUACAAAAAAAAAAGCAAAGCAGACAUUUUUUUAAUAUAUAUAUAUAUAUUUUUGGAUGUGGAAUGCAUGGCUCCAAAGUUGUUUUUUUUUGUUCGUUUUUUUUUUUUUUUUGUAUGUGUGUGUGAGUAUAUGUAUAUAUACACACAUACAUACAUACAUAUAAUAUGAAAGAUUAAACCUAUUAAAAUGUAUGAUACAGGGUUUGUAAAUGGGCUUUAAGGGGUGUCUGCAGAAUCUUUUGUGUUCAGUACUCAAAGAAUAUUGCAAUUCUGAAUACCGUUAACUUAGAUUUUAUUUUUAAUAUGGGGGUCACUCUAAAUUGAACAGUAAAAGAACUAAGAACAAAGGAAAAGCAGUUCCUGCAGACAUAGCUGAAAAUGGUUAUGUGGGUUGGUGGGGUUUUGCGUCAGAGUUUGCACAUUUGACCUUUUGGGCGGCACCAAUCUUUCAUCAUGCCCUUUGUUUAAAAUUUCAGUUUUCAGAAUUUUAUGUCCCCAUUCCACUUUUAAUUUAUUUUAUUGUUUUAACUUGUUUUCAUAUUUGCUGCUAGUUGGGUGAAGGUUUUUUUUUUUUUGUUUUAAUUUACUCGGAUUAAAUGACAUUUUGUAUAGACUUUCAGUUUCUUGUUGUAAAAUCUCCCUUUGAGUAUCUCCGCUAGUGUAUAUGCUGUCUCAUUCUAACUACCAUCCAUCUUAUCGAGUGCCUGGCGGGCUGACUAGUUAACUAGUCGCUACAUAGCCUCUCUUCCAGUUGCGGCAGGGUCUGAUUUUUUUUUUUUUAUUUCAUUUUUUUUUUAUUCUAAAUGACUGACUGCUUUGCAUUCCGAUUGUGUGAUGGGUCAUUGGUCAAUAGUUAAAUGCCAUGCCUAGUUCUUGCAUAAAGGGAGGUCCAAUCUGCCUGUGUUGUUCACAGCGCCCUGCUACUCUUGGCCUUCAAGUCUGCAACAGGAAGAACUCCAUUCACAAGAACUGACGAAGUCCCAAACUGCAUCCCUAUUACAAUGUUGCUGUCAUUUAUUACUAUUGUUGUUAUUAUUCUGCUGAAAUUCACUUUUAAAAUGUUUUUAUUUCUUAAACGAUUAAAGAAAAACUCUUGAA